AGUGCUUCAUCUCCAUGAAUGUUCAUUAAGGAUGUUUGAUUGCUCUUGUAUUGGAAAUCUGUUAAAUCUAGAAAUGCUUAGCUUUGCUGAUUCUGGCAUUGAAUGGUUACCUUCUACAAUCGGAAAUUUGAAGAAGAUAAGGCUAUUGGAUUUGACAAAUUGUCAUGGUCUCUGUAUAGCUAAUGGUGUCUUUAAAAAAUUGGUCAAACUUGAAGAGCUCUAUAUGAGAGUGGUUCGUCAACAUAGAAAGGCGGUCAACCUCACUGAGGAUAACUGCAAUGAGAUGGCAGAGCGUUCGAAAGAUCCUUCUGCACUAGAACUUGAGGUCUGUAAAAAUAGCGUUCAACCAAAGAAUAUGUCAUUUGAGAAGCUACAGCGAUUCCAGAUCUCAGUGGGGCGUUAUUUUAUGGAGAUUCCAUAAAGAGUAGGCACUCGUAUGAAAACACAUUGAAGUUGGUUGUUCAAAAAGGUGAAUUAUUGGAAUCUCGAAUGAACGAGUUGUUUAAGAAAACAGAGGUGUUAUGUUUAAGUGUGGGAGAUAUGAAUGAUCUUGAAGAUAUUGAGGUUAAGUCAUCCUCACAACCUUUUCAAUCCUCUUCGUUUUACCAUUUAAGAGUCCUUGUCGUUUCAAAGUGUGCAGAGUUAAAACACCUCUUCACACCUGGUGUUACAAACACUUUAAAAAAGCUUGAGCAUCUUGAAGUUUACAAAUGUGAUAAUAUGGAAGAACUCAUACAUACCGGGGAUAGUGAAGAAGAGACGAUUACAUUCCCCAAGCUGAAGUUUUUAUCUUUGUGUGGGCUACCAAAGCUAUCGGGUUUGUGCAAUAAUGUCAAAAUAAUUGAGCUACCACAACUCAUGGAGUUGGAACUUGACAACAUUCCAGGUUUCACAAGCAUAUAUCCCAUGAAAAAGUAUGAAACAUCUAGUUUGUUGAAGGAAGAGGUUCUGAUUCCUAAGUUAGAGAAACUGCAUGUUAGUAGUAUGUGGAAUCUGAAGGAGAUAUGGCCUUGCGAAUUUAAGACGAGUGAGGAAGUUAAGUUCAGAGAGAUCGAAGUGAGUAACUGUGAUAAGCUUGUGAAUCUGUUUCCGCACAAGCCCAUAUCUCUGCUGCAUCAUCUUGAAGAGCUUCAAGUCAAGAAUUGUGGUUCCAUUGAAUCGUUAUUCAACAUCCAUUUGGAUUGUGUUGGUGCAACUGGAGAUGAAUACAACAACAGUGGUGUAAGAGUGUAA